UUGGAAAAGAGAAAAGAAAACCUAAGUAUAGAGAAGGCGAAUGGAGAGGGUUAAUGUUUAUCUCCGCGGUAUUGGUGGUGGGUAUGAUUUGUGGUAUCGCAUGGAAUUGAAAAAGUCUGAUAGAGAGAUUGUGGUUGGUCCUGUUGCGAAGCUGUGUCAUUCUACUUAUGGAACGGCAGGAAACUGGACGGUUAUUGGUUCAAACAUCUACUAUGCUGGUGGAUUCCUGACUGAUCGAUGGAGGAUUAACCCUUAUAAGGAAUUGAUUAAGCAUAACACAGAAGAACAAGUUCCCGUUGACUAUUGGCAGACAGAAUCAACCCUUAAUCUUUCCCGUAUGUCGCCUGUUGUCGCUGCUGUUGCUGUUGGUAAAAAAAGAAAACUAUGUGUUUUGGGCGGCGAUCACAUCUAUAUUGAUAACUUUGAAGAAAUACUACGUGGCAAGGAGGAAACUGAUGAUCCUCUUCGGAACAAAGGUGGUGAAAUUUAUGAUAUCGAAGGAAAAUAUUGGAACUUGGUGGAUACUGAACUAGAAUCGUUUCCUCCUGAUUAUAAAGUUGCAUCUGUUGUGGAAAAAGAUGGGGAUGAGCCGACCGAAAUCGUGUUUUAUUGCUUGGCUAAGGGUGCUAUGAUGUUUUUCAAUGCAAUUACUCGUAAGAUAUCGAAGAAUGAAACAGUUGAGGAGUUUGCUUUGUGGCAUAUUUCCCCGAAUUCUUCUCCGGAUACUUCCCCGGAUUCUUCUCCGGCUACUUCUCCUCCACGUGGUCAAUGUCCUCCACAAUUUCCCAGUCCUGAUGCAAACCUCCGUUUACUACGAAUGGUUACCGACACUGUACCUGCUGUGUUCACUAACAAUACAUUCUAUUGGUUCACCUUGGACAUGUACUUGUAUGCUUAUGAUGUUAAGGCUAGAAGAUGGCUCACAUCACAAUGUCUCUAUGAUCAGUUUUUAGCUCAAUGUCCCAAACUGCAAUAUAACACCCGCAUUGCAGUAACUCCCAUUUUGGUUGGCCUCCCACAAGAUGGGAAAUUCGUGGCGGUUCUUCCUCAAGAAAGUCCUGAACAAUUAAUAAUGGCCUGCUUUAAGGUGGAGAUGCAGGUUAACUCUUUGAAUGUGUUGACGGAGUUAGUUCAGCUUGUAUACCUUGUUGAAGAAAGUUCUCUGCUCGAUGUUUUUUGGUUCUAUGAUGGGAAGGCAAUGAGUGUUGAAGGUUGAAGAAUACUGGCUGCAAUGGAGACCUAAUGGCAUCUUGUUCCAAGGGUUGUGUCAAUGAUGUUCGGUUCCUUUUUUUUUUUUUUGAAUAAGGGUAACAGAAUGUUGUUUGGUUCUUUAAGUUAAUGGAUUCAAUAUUAAUAUGUUGCUUUAGCUGUACUCAAAUGUGCUACAUUGUGAUGUACAAAGAAACGUACCAGAUUAUGUUUUAUGUUUGCAUUUA